UAAACGACAAUCUACUAUUUCAUUACACUUUUCCAUUAUUUUACGGUAAGACAUUAUGAAAAAUAUUAUUUGGACAGUAAUUGACAUCUGGUUUCUCGUUAUUUUCCAAUCAAAGCAGUGUUUCAAAACCAAGAACAAUUAAUGUGAAUAUCGAUAUACGUAGUUUUGUAAUUAAUAUUUUUAUGUUCGGUAUUAAUUUGUUGUUUCAUAUGAUAUUUGUGUUAUACAACGAAAAUAAACCAGAGAGUACGUUAGUGACUGUUCAUUGAUUCAUGGAAAGUGUAGACGGUUUACACGAUGAGAUAUUUUUUAAGUUUAAUUUUAUUAAGCGUUUUUGUACGAAAAUCUGAAGAAACUACAACAGUCAAAAUAGGUGUUUUGUUAAUGACAAGCGCACCGGAACCUUUCGAUCAGCGUCGGGUUGGGCCGGCUUUAGAUAUUGCAUUUGAGCGAGCCGAAGCCGAGUACGGAGUAAAAUACGAAGUGAUAGUACGUAACUACACAGGAAACUGUCCCAAACAAACAGUGAUUGGUUAUUUAUCAGAACUCUAUUAUAUAGAAAACGUGAAGGCAGUGAUAGGACCAGCAUGUUCGGAGACAAUAGAAGCGGCCGGUCGCUUGGCCCAGUACUUAGAAAUGCCUAUGAUAAGCGGAGUUGGUGAUUUAGUCAUUCGGAAACAGAAAGACAUGUAUACAACUUUCACUCGAAUGUCCUAUAAUUUGGAUAAACUAUCUGUGUCGGUAAAGAAGAUUUUGGAGAAGUAUUCGUGGAAACACAUUGUCAUUCUAUAUGACACAGACUACGUCUUUUUCAAUUUGGCGGGAAACAGUUUAGCGCGAGAUUUCAAAGCUGACGGAGAUCUACCAAGGCCAGUAGAUAUACCAUUCAGGAAAGCAACUUUAAACAAUCAACACAAAAGUCUUCUUACCGAAGCCAACCUUCAUGCUCGAGUUUUUGUGAUCUUUUCUGAUUCCGACGUCUUAAGAGAUUUUCUGUAUGCGGCAGACGAGCUUUCAAUGACGGAAGGCAAUCACGUGUUCAUUACGAUGGAAUUGUUUCCUAGUGAUUGGCUAGGAUACUACACACAGUUCCUUCGAGGUGAUUAUAAAGAUGCAGCUGUUACUAAAGCAUACGAGUCUCUGUUGCUGCUUACACCCUUACAGCCAGACAAUAUUGAACAUAAAAUAUUCUCUGAUGAAGUAAAACUGAGAGCACAGAGAGAUUACGGAUACACGUUUGGAGUAGACGAGGUCGUCAACUACUUCAUUACCGCAUUUUACGAUGGUGCCAUUUACUUAACUGAAGCUAUUAACCGAACUGUUGAAGAAGGUGGUGACCUAAAUGGUGGACUGGCUUUAUCACAGAAACUCUGGAAUGAUACAUAUAUGGGCAUAACCGGUCUGGUAGCCAUUGAUCACCAAGGAGACAGAUUAACUGACUUUGAUAUCUACCACAUGACAGAUUCAGCGACAAAAACAUUCAAGUUAGUUGGAAGAUUUCGAGGAGCUACUUCAAAUUACGAACCAACCCCUGGUGUGUCGAUACAAUGGCGAAAUGGUCUACCUCUUGAUACCCCUGUGUGUGGUUUCAGAGGAGAAUGGUGUGUGGUCGAUUCUAAUGGCAGUUUGACUCUAACAGUUGUAUGUGUAUUGGUUGUUUUACUAGUUAUUGGAUCUGUGGCCUUUUUCUUUAUAUACAGAAAAAUUAAGUUGGACAAUGAACUCGGUCAGAAGACAUGGUUAGUACCUUGGUCUGAGGUUAGAAUUUCCAAACACAACAAACAACAGGGUUCACUGAUAUCUAUGUCCCGGAUGUCAUUAGCAAUAGUAGGAGUUGAUGAUUCUAGUCAGCUUUCAAUAAACAAAGGUCAACUGUUUACCCAGGUUGGGGUGUGUAAAGGCAAUACAGUUGCUAUACGGCGCUUCAAACUGAAAACCAUAGACCUGACCAGACACAUACUACUUGAAUUCCAGCAGCUUCAACAUUUACAUCACCAGAACUUGUGUGCAUUCAUUGGUGCUACUAUAGAACCUGGAAAUAAUACUCUUCUUAUGGAGUACUGUCCAAGAGGAAGUUUACAGGACAUCCUUGAAAAUGAUGAUAUAGAGCUUGAUUGGACAUUCAGAUAUUCUUUGCUUCGAGACAUCAUUGGGGGUAUGACAUACCUGCAUGACAGUCCAGCUAAAUUUCACGGUCGAUUGAGCAGUACAAACUGUGUUAUCGACAGCCGAUUUAUGCUUAAGCUGACAGACUAUGGACCAUUCUCAAUUUUUAAUUCAACAAAACAAAACCAGAUGGAGAAUAAUCAAUUAAAUAAAAACAAAUUAUUAUGGACGGCACCUGAAAUUCUUCGUAAUGGAAAGGGAAAGUCACGAUUGGAAAACGAGGUUUACGUUAAAGGUGAUAUCUACAGUUUUGGAAUUAUUUGUCAUGAGAUCGUUAUCCGAUGUGCUCCCUUUGAAGGGUGUGACCUUGAAGCAGAAGAAAUUCUUACAAAGGUAAUGGCACCACCAGGUAUAGAAGGACCUUUCAGACCUCAGAUCUUACCUGAUUCAUGCCCAAAGAAACUUGCUCAAUUAAUUGAAAGAUGCUGGGAUGAAAAUCCUGUAAAUAGGACAUCAUUUAAAUCAAUUGGAGGUGUCAUCAGAAAAAUCAGUGUUGGAAAAGAUAACAAUAUUCUAGAUAAUUUGAUGAAGAGAAUGGAGCUGUACGCAAACAAUCUAGAGUCAUUGGUGAACGAAAGGACACGUGCAUACAUGGAAGAAAAGAAAAGAGCUGAAGAUCUUCUUCACAGACUUCUGCCACCAUAUGUUGCUGAUAAAUUGUCGGCUGGUAACAGUGUAGAACCAGAAUCGUUUUCUACAGUAUCUAUCUACUUCAGUGAUAUUGUAGGAUUUACAGUCAUUGCAUCAAUGAGCACUCCACUUCAGGUGGUGGACUUGCUGAAUGAUUUGUAUAUCUGCUUUGACACUAUUCUUGCAAAAUACGACGUUUACAAGGUUGAAACUAUUGGUGAUGCAUACAUGGUGGUGUCUGGUUUACCUGUCAGGAACGGUAACAAUCACAUCCGGGAGAUAUCCAACAUGGCGCUUGAUAUAAGACAUAAAGUUGUGGAUUUUAAAUUUCGUCAUUUGACAGAUAGAAAACUGGAAAUCCGUAUUGGACUUCAUUCAGGACCAGUGGUAGCUGGAGUUGUUGGACUUACUAUGCCUAGAUACUGUUUGUUUGGAGAUUCUGUCAAUACAGCAUCUAGAAUGGAAUCUACAUCAGAAGCCAUGAAGAUACAAAUGUCGCAGACAGCGAAAGAUAUAUUGGAUAUACAUAAUUUAUAUGUAACCGAACCAAGAGGUGUAAUACAAGUAAAGGGGAAAGGUGAUAUGGUCACUCACUGGCUAAUUGACAAAAGGAAAGAGCAGAGAGAUACUGUAAUACAGUAAUUUUAACAGAAUGAUAACUGAACAAUGUCUGAAAACUAACCACAUUAUGUUGUCAAAAAUGUAUGGGUCCUUAUUAAUUCAUUAUGUUGGGGAUUUGUCUAUGUUCAUAAAAUCAAAUAAUAUCCUAAUGUAUGUAAAAUGUAUAACAAAAUGGUGCUUUAAUAUAUAUUUGUCUAUAAUUGAAAAUGGAAAUUUGUCUAUCACGUGUCAACAACAUUUUUUUAGAUAAGUUUGUUUUUGUAUUAAACUUGCAGUGCUAAAUGUCCUAAGGUUCAUUUAUGAUUGAUGAAAUAGUCUAUAUUAAAUAGUUCACAUUUUGACGAAGCAAUUUAAGGUUACACAUGAAUUAUGUCCUCCUUCCCCUCUCAACGCAACUUCUACAUAUUAUCACGCUCAAAAAGCCACAAUAUUAGAUUUAUAUCUAUGGCAAGCUAUUAUGGAUAUAAUAAGAAUAAUAACAUCUUUUUUUACAAUCAUUACAAACAAUCUUUAACUUAAAAUAUCAUGUGUCUUUACUUCGUAGCGUUUCGGUUGUAAUAUUUAAUUAAGUUAACGAUACCAUUUAUACAACACCAGAUGCGCGUCUUUUCUGAAUUGUGUGUUCUAUCCACUUUAAUUUUAACCGGAUAUUUGUAACAAAAAUAUCGGUUAUUGAUUUUGGGAUGUACGGCG